AUGGAGGCCAUCGGACACAAACUCUUUCAGCUCGGCGACCCCGAGGGAAAGGGGUUCAUCGUGAGGCGAGACAUGCAAAAAUUAAAAGACGAGCUGUCGAUGACCCCGGAGCAAUUGGAGAUCGUAUUUGAUACAUUGGAUGUGGAACAAAAAGGUUACCUCACACUCUGUCAAUUUUUGGAAAAGUUCAAAGACACUGCACCAAUGAAUUUCCGGAAUAAUCGAUUGAAGGAGCAGCAAAACAUCGUUUCGUUCAAAUGUUCUUACACGGAAGACAUCCAAACACUUUUGCAAACCAUCAAAGACACGAACAUGAUAAAAUUGAGCAUAGGGCAUUUAGAGAACAUAUGCAAGGCAGCCUCUCAAAUGCAACCAGACAGUGCAGUAUCGGUGGGCCGUAUCGAAGCGUUUCUCAGGGCCCUCAACAUUGACCUAGUAAAGAUCGUCGAACGCGACAGGGAACUGGAAGAGAUGCUGCAGAGUCGUGAGAUCCAACACCAAAACAACAUGCAAAAACUUUUCGAAGAACUCGAAUCGCAUUUCCGUGAAGAGCAAGAAAAGACCAAACUCGAAGACCAAAGGAAAUUCCGGUUAGAACUAACCGCGUUGGAAAACGAAGUUGCCGACAAGGAGGAUCGGUUCCUUGCCGCCGUGUCCACUAGGCAGGAAUUCGCAGGACAGCUAGUGGCGGCCCAACAACGUGAACUGGCGGUUAUGGCGGAAAACGCUAAACUUAUCGAAACCCGUGAAAGGCUGUUGAAUGAUUUGGAUGCGGAACGGACCAAAACCUGUCGGCUGGAGGCAAUCAUCGAGAGGACCAAUGUGGAGUCCGCCGAAGACAACGAGAAACACUUCAAACAAGGGUUCUACGUGGCAAAAAAAUUGGUCUCCAUGAAAGAAGAAGGACUUUUGCAACAGUUAGAAAUCCUUCAGGACAUGAAAAACGUCCUGUUGAACUGA